AUGAGGCGGACGACAUCACAGGCUUGCGGAGUUCGAUCCCCAGCAGAAUCGACAGGCGGCUUCGGCGGUUUGGUGACAGUGAAACCGUGUCCAGGACGUCAUCGCCGGCAGCAACAUCGCAUCAUUACUUCAUCCUCUUCUGCCCCGAUAUCCAACCACUGUUUUCCAUUCUCCGCCACAACAGAAGCGGCGACACUUGGUCUUAAAGGAAAAUGGAAGCUGUGGUUGCACAGCGCUACAGCGGCGGCGACGGCGCCAACAGGCGGCAUUCAGUGA